AUGUCUGAGACCGCAACCCGACCGACUCGCCCAAGGACAUUGACCAGAAUUGUCACCAAUGCCGCCAUUUCCCUGCAAAAGACCCUAACUAGAGGCGCAGACGAGGAUGGCGACAUUGCGUCUUGGAACCCGGCCUUGGGCGACGGCCCCGACGAUUCCUCUCUUGCAGCAGCUUCUCGUUCAGCAACGCAGGAUGGCAAGCAGAUGGCUAUGGAUCUUCGGAAAAGUGGUGAGCUUGGAUGGAGGAAAUAUGUCAAGUACUUCACGCCAUCCUGGUUCACGGUGACCAUGGGCACUGGUGUCGUGGCGAGCCUUCUUAACCAAUUCCCAUACAAUGCGAGAUGGCUCUACUGGCUCUCCGUCAUUGUCUUCUGCCUGAAUAUCGGCCUCUUCGCUUUCUUCAUCUUCGUGUCCAUACUCCAGUUUGUUCUGUUUCCCAAGAUAUGGAUCACUAUACUCGAGCGGCCCAAUCAAGCGUUUUUCCUGAGCGCCAUACCAGUGAGUCUCGGGACUAUCGUCAACAUGAUGGUGUUUGUGUGUGCUCCUUCCUGGGGCAACUGGGUCAUUCAUCUGGCAUGGGCGCUAUGGAUGGUCGAUGCAGCCGUGUCACUGCUGUGUGCCUUACUCCUACCAUUUCUGCUUGUCAUCAAGCAAGAAGAAGAGACACCCCUGUCAACGAUUACCGCUCUACAGGUAUUCCCUGUUGUGGGGACCGUAGUCGCAUCCGCCACUGCUGCAUUGGUCGCAGGUGUCUUGCCCAACGAGGAGCAAGCUUUGGUCACAGUCAUUAUCGGCUACGUUCUCUGGGGAUUCGGCGUCCCUGCAGCGACGUUCGUUCUCAUCACCUACUGGCAACGCCUGACUAUCCACAAACUGCCUCCACGCGAGGUGAUUGUGUCCUGUUUCAUUCCGCUGGGCCCUUUGAACAUGGGCGCUUUUGCAAUCAUGAAGCUUGGGAACGUCGCAAUGAAAGUGUUCCCUUUGACCAAGACUAUCCACCCUUUGGCGGGAGAUCUGGCAUACAAUCUUGGAGUGCUUUUAUCCUUGAUCUUGUGGGGGUUUACUUUGUUGUGGCUCUUUCUUGCCGUUGCAACGAUAUACCAUUGCAAACAUUUCCCAUUCAAUAUCGGCUGGUGGGGGUUCACUUUCCCAAUCGGCACAUUCGCUCUUUCGAGCAAUACGCUCGCAAGGGAGAUACCAUCGCGCUUUUUUCGAGUCAUUGGAUCUAUAACCUCCGUUUGCGUAUUCCUGCUCUGGAUACUUGUCGUUUACGUCACUCUUAGAGAUCUCAUCACAGGCGGGCAGCGAUUAUUCAAGAUACCUACAAGAGCGAUCCCCAAGGUUAAUGAUAAAGCGCCGAACAACUUUGACGAUGUGGAGGGGAGCAAGCUUGUGUGA